AGUGUUCCCACAACUCGUUCACACCUUAAGGAGCACUGAGUAGAAGGAUUGAAGUUCCCAGAAGGCGUACACCCAACGACCUUGCAAGCAUGGCUGACACCUCUGACAAAAGUUUGACCAACAGCAAGGACAACAAAGAACAGACAAAUAGCACGCCCGAUCCCGAGUUGCUCAUCAAACACCCCCUUCAGAAUUCUUGGACCUUGUGGUUCUACAAGAACGACCGGUCUCGAAACUGGGAGGAGAACCAAAGGAAGAUUAUCACAUUCUGUUCAGUCGAGGACUUUUGGGCUCUCUACAAUCACAUUGAGCCCUCUUCCAAGCUUUUGUCUGGUUGUGAUUACAGUUUAUUUAAGGAAGGCAUCAAGCCCAUGUGGGAGGAUGCGAAGAACAAUCGGGGAGGCCGUUGGCUGAUUAACUUGGACAAGAAGCAGCGCAUCAAUUGCUUGGACAACUUUUGGCUGGAGGUCAUGCUUUGUCUGAUAGGCGAGACCUUUGGGGAUGGCUCUCAAUACGUAAAUGGUGCUGUGGUCCAAGUGCGCGGCAAGGGCGACAAGAUUGGCAUCUGGAUGGGGGAUUCCACCAAGGGCGAUUGCAUCCUCGCCGUCGGAAAACGCGUCAAGGAAACCCUCGGGAUCGACUCCAAAACCCCGCUCGGCUUUGAGGCCCAUCAUGACAGUAUGAAGAAAUCCGGAUCUACAGCGAAAAAUCGAUUCAUCGUUUGAUGAAUGAACGAGAUGCUUAGAACAAAAGAACAAAAGAAAGGAAUCGACUCAUCGACCCAAGCUCCUUCAUUCCGGACAUACAAGCAUCACUUCUUAUCCGCGAUUACUGCAUCACCACCACCACCACCAACAACAACAACAACAACAACAACAACAACAACAACAACAACAACAACAACAACAGCAGCAGCAGCAAUAGCAUGUGCUAAUAGCUACUACGAUUAGUGCCACCUCUCCAAAUGAAACUAAUACUACUUCCGUACUAUUACUUCGACCACCACCACAACAACAACAACGUUCAAUCCUUGAUUUCAUGAUAAUGAAAUAGUAGCACGAGUACCCUCCUUCUAUUUCUGUUAGUAAUUUCCAACCCUCCUUCCCAUUGAACUCGUCAGAGACCGAAAUGAAGUUUCGCUCUUUGUCCUUCGCCCUGAAUCUUGGCUGAAUUGAACGAACCGAUGACAUUUUUGACUAAGAACUGUGUCCCGCUGACUUGGCGCGCUCCUUGAAUUAAUGUGACAUGUAGUGAGUAUUUUGUUUGCACUUUGUUCAUAUUGCUCUGGCCAACAAGGUCACCAAGAAUAAAGGAAUGAAAUCGCGA